AUGGUGACUUCAAUGGUGCUGUCCCAGCCAAUUGGCUUAGGGGGACCUGUUGGAUUUAAGGUUUUGACUAUAUGGGAAAAGUUGCGCAGGUUUGGUCUGGAGUACUGUGACUUGCCGACGAUGUUAUCAAACGUUGCGACUCUACUGAGGCUUAUGGCGUUAAACGUCGAUGGAAGAGGAACUCCUUUAGCGUUCGUGUUUCUGACGAUAGUCGUUUCGAUCGUGUACUUCUACGUGUACGUGGUCUCCGUGGCGUGGUUCGUGUUAUGGCGCAAGACCGACGACCUGGUCGUGAUCAUCGUCAACCUCUCAUUAGGCAUCGCCUGCGCCAUCUGCGUGAUUAAUGUUAUGUUCAAUUUAUUUGCGUUCGAACAUAAAACUAAUCUACUUAAUAUUGUUGCUAGCAACCGCGCAAAGAAAGCAUGUGUAGCAUACCUAGCAUUCGACAAGCGCAUAGACCGAGACAGCCGAAUGUACCAGAAUCUUCUCAAGAACCUGAGGAUUGUGAAGCGCCGAGCCAUCUUCGUCUGGACCAUGCUGGUCAGCAACGGCCUAAUUUAUGUGUUAAUGCCACAUCUGCUUCCUGGAAAGCAUUUAAUAGAAGACUUGCAAGUUCUUUACGGACUAGAACCAAUGUUCGAAUCACCAAAUUUCGAGAUAUCUCACAUUCUAGUGGGUACGGCCGUGAUGUCGCUGGUUUAUGCGGCUGGGACCAUCGGGUGCCUCCUCAUCGUCGUCACAGGCUACAUAGAAGCACAAAUGACAGCCCUGAGCCAUGAACUACUCCAUCUCUGGGCCGACGCCCAAGCAUUGACCUUCGGAGACGUUCAGAAUCAAGAGAAACUAAGAAAUCAAUAUAUUAAACAACAGCUGGAAUUCAUCAUCCAAGCGCACGCUGCCAACUUAGCCCUAUUACGAUUAACUGAAGACAUUUUUAGCAACUCCAUCGCCAUCGAAUUUUGCUUACUGGCGAUAUCUCUUAUAGUUGAAUUGCUGGGUGGAUUAGAGAAUACCUAUUUAGAGAUACCCUUCGCUUUAACCCAGGUCUCCAUGGAUUGUUUCACAGGACAGCGCCUCAUCGAUGCGAGUUUAACUUUUAAGGAAGCGGUGUAUUCUUGUAAGUGGGAGAAUUUCGAUGUACAGAACAUGAAAAUUGUGUUGGUUAUUCUGCAGAAUUCGCAGACGAUGGCGCUUUCGGCGGGGGGCAUGGCGGAACUUCGAUACACUAGUCUUAUGACAGUGUUUAGGGCUAUAUAUUCGGCAUACGCGACGCUGCGCUCUACAAUGCACGGCCAUAAACCAGGCCAUUAA